AAUUUACUAUGUCUUAACACAUAAACACACUGAGCUUUAUCACUAACUAUUAAUUUUGAUAAUGUACUAUUUCAAAACUAAACUUUUGUUCAAUAAUUCAUUCGAUGUUUCUUUACUCAUUUUCUUACUUAACCUUCGGUUGUGUUCAGAUGAUGAUAAAACUGAAGCAGUUUAGUUCUUUGAAAAUGAGCGUAUUUGUGAUAUUUGUUGUAUUGAGUUUCGUGGUGCUACAGACGACAGGUUUUGUAACAGAUAGAGGAUGUCCUGCACCUAAAGUUGAAGCACAAAACAAUGAUUCUAUUAAAACACCUUUUCCUCUCAUCUAUCCAGAUGCAGAUUCAAUGUUAACUAUACUGCGUCUUCCUCAGUUCAGUGAUCAUGAAGGCGUACAAGGACUUUUAAGGUUAUAUCAAAGAGCGAAGGACAAAAAUGCUGAGUUUCAACGAAGAAACUAUAGAAAGAACCAUCCUUUAAUAGUUCUCGAAGGAUUAGCAGGAUCAGGAAAAUCAACUCUUGUGAGUGGUUUAUCGAAGAAGAUCAAUGGUGUACAAUCCCAUUCGCCUUCAAGCACAGUGGAAACGUUAAAAGAUAAAUUUGCUAAUAAUCCACUACUAGACAAUAUAUACCAUCGUUUUGCCCAUUAUAUAACAGCAUUGGAAGUUUAUAUAUUGCUGAAGGAUUCACCUGUGGUCCUGGAUAGAUAUUGGCAUUCAUCAGCAACUUAUUCCAUAGCUCGUGCUGCUUAUAAUACAAACGGAAAAUAUAUACUGCCUCCAAAAGGUGACAAAAUCUACAACUGGCCUAACGAUUUACUUAAACCAGAUGUAGUGAUUUAUCUCGAAGUUGAUGAAGACAUUCGGGAAAAAAGGUUAUACAAAAGGGGUAAACAAAAUGACGACACAGCUUUAACUGCUGAGGAAAAAGAGAAAAUCGAGAAGACAUUUGGAAAAAACGAAAGAUUGUUGCAGAGGUGUCCAGAAUAUAGAAAUAACAUGAUUUUGGCAUAUAAAAACAUGGCCAAUCCAGAAGUGACAAUGCUUAAUGCUGAUUUAUCCAUAGACGAAGUAUUAAAUGCAGCGUACCAAAAAGUUGCGCCUCUAUUGUAAUUGGCAAAAUAGAUUUUUUUAAUAAAGCAAUUUUUGACUACAA